AUGGCUGGAAAAUACUUGUUCCUUUUUUUGAUUUUUUUGGUGAUUCAAAAGGCUUGGAGUUGUAGUGGUGGUAUUGGUAAGUUUAUUCAAAUUCACACAUCUUAGUAUUUAAUUUUAGAGCAAAAAUUUUUUGAGAUUUUUUAAUUUUCUCUUGAUUUUUUCAUUUGAAAUAAUUGCCCGAAUUCAAUUUCCAGGCGACGACGGCAGAAUUUUCACAAAUCCCACGUUAAGCUGGACUAUGUCUCCGCCAGCUGCAUGGACUUAUCCCGUAACGUACGCCCAACAAACCGGCCAAUUCUUCCCCGGCCAGCCUCUGACUCAGCAAGACGCUCUAAUCCAGGCUCAAGGAGAUAUUCAGGCGGCUGUAAGUGCGAACAAACAGUGAAACAUAGAAUAUAAAACAUAUUUUUUGCUCCGAAAAUUUAAGUCUUGUCCGUAACAACAGAUUUUGAUGACAAAACAGAUCAAUUUUGAUGACUAAACAAAUAUCAAUUGUCUAGGUGAUUAGUGCCCUCUCUCAAAACAACAUCCCCACUCAAGGAGUCCGGGUUACAACCGGCUACACUCCGCAGGAGAUUAGUAAUUGCCAAACCGUCGCUGGCACGGCCCCGUUGCCAACAAUGACCAUGGCCAAUACAGACUUUGGGCUGUUGGAGUCGGGCGCCAUCACCAUGAUUAUCACUCCAGCUGCCGCUGUUCCGGUUGCAAUGUGCGCCACAAAGACAUUCGGCACGUACACGCAAAGGACUAAUAUUGUGAAUGCGAAUGCGCAGGUAAUAUUUAUGAUAAUGAAUGCAUAAGAAAAGAAAGAGUUGCUAGAACAACUUCAAGUUCAGAUCGAGUCUCUCAGGCUGAACUUACAGUGGGGACCUGAUCCAGUGGCAAAAAACGUACCAUUUUGCAUCCAGGGAGCAUCAAAAAAUGUGUCAAAAUACCUCCCUCUCCAAGUGGAAAAACUCAGAUUUCAAAAGCGCGCCCGCUAUAAUAUUUUUGUGAGGAAAAAGGGCGCGCACUUCAAACCGAUGUUUUUUCAGUUGGAGAGGGAACCAUUUUGCCACAUUUUUUAUACUUCCCAGAUGCUAAAUGGCACGUUUUUUGCCACUGGAUCAACCCCCUCACUCCUAUGUGUGGGAAGACGUAUGUUUGACCUUCCGGCGAUAACUUUUUUGGCGCUAAAAAUCCCUCAUUUCUGCAUUUUCGUCCAUAAAAUAAUCGUAUAUGCCUUUCCGGACGUUGAACACCUUCGAUCCCAUAUUUUUUUCCUGGAACACUACUGAAGGUUUUUGGUUUUUCAGCUGGCCUAUAAUGUCCUUAGUUCAACAAAGCGUACUUUCAGAUCGAAGGAGUUACGAUUUCGGGCCUAAUGCUUCGCCAAGUCACCAAUUCACUUCAAUCCGCGCUCAGUUUCAAUUAUCAUGUCCGUUUCCAAACGGAAAUCACUUACAGUUAA